AUGCGACCGUUCAUAAUAUUUCCGCUGGUUUCCAUUGUCAUAAUUAUUGGAAUUUUGAUUAUGAUUAUUAUUAGGUAAGCGCUAUAAUUUUCAUAUUUUAUUCAGUGCUACUAGCACGUUUCCAAAGUCGCUGAGUGAUUUCUGCAACAAGCACUGUGCGAAAACAAAAAUUUACCUUGCACGUCAAGCUGAGCAGUCCGGUAAUCAGAAUAGACUCUUCGCUAUCAGUUUUGUACACUUAGUCUUGAUUUCGCAGAGAAGACAAAGAAAGGAAGCGCAAAAACGUAAUCUCACGCCUAAAAAAAUCCCCAUUUCUUCCCCGACAAAAAGUUUUUUCACGUCUUUUUUGGCGAGUUGCCAAUCCAUUCACCGGACUUUUUUACAAGGAAAGUACUUUUAUGGGGGCUCCUACUUUUUGACGGGACAUAUCUCAAAAAAUCAGAAAAAAUGUGCUGAUCAAGGAUAUAUAAAUCUUAGCUGCCCAUUUUGGGCUUUUAGGGGUGAAAAUGCCCAAAAACUGGCUUAAUUUCCCUACAAAAGGUGCAGGCAUUCGAAACGAUAAAAAGCGCACUCGGUCUCUUCCUUCGGAAGAGAGCGGUGUGGCCGAGUGGCUAGUGCCGUAGUCUAGGAAUCAAGAGGGGGAAUGCCGCACGGGUUCGACAUCCCUUUUGGGCCGAAUCAACUUUUUUUGAAGAUGAAGGUCGGAAAAAUAAAUUUUUGGGCCAAGACUGAUUUAUUACGUCUUAGAAACUCAAAAAACAUCAUUUUAAGCCAAAAUAAAAAUUGUAAACCUGUGAAAAAUUAAGCGAAAAGGGGUUUAUAUAGGACUUUAAGACAACUUCCGAUUGAGUUUUCACCCCUAAAAACCUAAAAUGGGCAGCUAAGAUUUAUAUAUCCUUGAUCAGCACAUUUUUUCUGAUUUUUUGAGAUAUGUAACGUCAAAAAGUAGGAGCCCCCAUAAAAGUACUUUCCUUGUUAGCUUAUCUCAGUUUGACGUGCCUUGCACCGUUCAAUAUGCUUUUUUGGGCUGUCGCUCGCACCCUGACUUUUCUGCACAGUGCACGUUGCCGAAACCACUCCAGCGACGGAGUAGUUGCAACACAGAUUUUGGAAUUGAAACGCUCAGAUUUUCUUUAAAAUUUGCACACUCUAUGGGCAUGAACCGAAAAAGAAAAGAUUUCCGAGAAGAUCUUCGAUUUUCCGCAAUUUCCGAGAAGAUUUUGCGCGCCUUGCAGCGACAGCGGAAAUAGAUUAGAAUAGAUAUAAUCAUCCUUGUGUCCGAUGGAGUACGCGAAAAAGAGAAAAUGUCGAUUUGACUUUUUGGCCCAGCUAGUAUCAGUCUGUCGGGAAAAUAACGGCGGAUCGUCGCGCCUCGGAAUCGCCCAUCAUCGCUCUGCGACCGAAAGCCGCGGCUGGGGAUUUGGUGCGCGAUAGCGGAUCCACGGUAUUUUCCCGACAGAGUGAUAUUUUUGGUUGAAAAAACUUAACAUUAUUUCCAUCAACAACAACUAAGCUAUAAAAUAUCUAUAGAAGCGAAACAAAAUUUCCUUGAAAAAUUGAAAUAAUAUUAUUGUAUUUUCUCACUUUCAGACGUAACCAACAACGUUCCAACAUGCGAAGUCAAAAUUGUGUCACCGCCACCUACACCGUGCCCGGCGCCGAGAGCGUAGUGGUCUACCCGUAUAAUUCGUAUCAGCCUCAGGGUCCGCCAUAUCCGCAAACCUUCCAAAGUCCAUAUCCAAAUCAGCCGCCUGCCUACUACCCUCCGCCGCCACCAGCUUACUCUCCGCCCAAAGCUCCGGGACAAUUUUAA